ACAUCUUAACCAAAACCCAAAAAAAUACACAUAAAACUAAGCACAUUUUCAUCCUUUCUAUUGACAUUUUCCCAAUAAUAAUGUCAAUAAUAGUCCAAAAAACAAUCAAGGUAUUCGCCUUGAUCGCAAUCACCAUAGCAAUAUCCAUUAUUGCAUUAAGCUCCAUUAACAUAACCCACCAAAACCAUCACGAAACCCUACACCAGCCCACUAGCCCAGUGGUAGUUCCCUCGAAGAGGCCCGUAAGUCGGUUUCUAGCUCAACACAAUAAGGAUUAUCUACACCAUGGAAGAAGCUUAAAGCCAGCUGAUCAUUGUCACAAGGAUUAUGAAGUUUGUGACAUUAUGUAUGGAAAGAAUUACACAUGUUGUGGGAAUAAAUGCUUUGAUCUCAACAUUGAUAAGAAUAAUUGUGGAGCUUGCCAUAAAAAGUGUAAGUUUACGUAUGAUUGUUGUAAUGGAAAGUGCGUAGACAAAGCUUAUGAUAAGAGGCAUUGUGGGAGAUGCAACAAUAAGUGCUUAAUUGGACAAUAUUGUGUUUAUGGGAUGUGUGAUUAUGCUUAAUUAAUUAAUUAAUUAAUUAAUUAAUGGUUUAUUCAUCCCAUUUUCAUCCAUUAUUAUUU